UCUGUCUUUGACCUCUAACCUGCGUGGAAGGAGAUGCUUCACCUGCCACUCAGACUCCAGAAGGCAGGCCCAUGGACUGUUGGCCAAUCAGAGAGGACGUUUGGUGCUGUGUCAACUGUCCAAUGAGGAGUUUGGGUCUUUGGUGACGGAGGCUGUACAGCAUUUGGGGUGCCAUUGUGUGUCCCCGCCAUAUUGGCAUCCGGUGUGUUAUUCUGAGAUUCCCAGAUCUCUCCCUCGGCCUCUGCGUCCCUCCACGGACUGCAGGAGCCACAGGAGCCCAGGACUCCGUCGCUGGAAAUGGUGCGUGCGGCCGGGCGUCCUCUCCUGGGUGUCGCGCCGAGGCUGCUGCAAGCGGAGGAGUCAGUGACCUUUGAGGAUGUGGCUGUGAACUUCACCCUAGAGGAAUGGGCUAUGCUGAACCCGUCCCAAAAGGACCUCUACAAAGAUGUGAUGCAGGAAACCUUGAGGAACCUGUCCUCUAUAGGAAACAAAUGGGGAAACCAGAGCAUUGAAAAUGAGUAUGAAAAUCUGUGGCGAAAACUAAGCAGCCAACUGGUAGAGAAACUCCGUGAAUGUAAAAAAGGUCAUCGGUGUGAAGAAAUCUUCAGCUGGACUCCACAGCAUGCUGUGAACCAGAAAUCUUGUCCAGGAAUUCCCACAUAUGAAAGCUAUGUGUAUGGAGAAGUAGUUUUUGACCAUUUAUCUCUAAAUGUCUCCCUUCAUUCUCACUCAGGACACAAACCAUAUGAAGAUCAAGAAUAUGGAAAGGAGUAUAAAGAUAAGGAAUUUGGGAACACCUCAAGUUCUUACACAACCUUCCAGAAGCAUAAAAGGACUCACACUGAUGAGAAACCUGAAGCUAAUCACUGUGUUGAAGACUUUAAGUGUCUCAAAUCUGGUCAAAAUGAUGAAAAACACCAUGAGUGUAAGCAAUGUGGGAAAGUUUUCAUUUCUUCCAGUUCUUUUCGAAGACAUGAAGAAUAUCACAGCCGAGAGAAAUCUUAUAUUUGUAAGCAAUGUGGGAAAGCCUUCCCUUUUCCCAGUUCCCUACAAAUACAUGAAAGAACUCACACUGGUGAGAAACCCUAUAUGUGUAAACAGUGUGGGAAAACCUUUGCUCGGUCCAGUUCCCUUCUAACGCAUGAAAGAAUUCACACUGGAGAGAAGCCAUACGUGUGUAAGCAAUGUGGGAAAGCUUUCACUGAUCGUAGUUCACUUCGAUUCCAUGAAAUGAUGCACAGUGGAGAGAAACCCUAUAAAUGUACGAAAUGUGGGAAGGCUUUCGCUUCUUCUGGUGCCUUUCGAAAACAUGAACGGACACAUACUGGAGAGCAACUUUAUGUGUGUUUGCAGUGUGAGAAAGUUUUCAGUUCUGAAAGUGCUUUUCGAACACAUAAAAUAAUUCAUUCUGGAGAAUGUGUAUGUAAGCAAUGUGGCAAAGCCUUUACAAGUCACAGUUCUGUCAAAUACCAUGAACUGAUGCAUAGUGGAGAGAAACCCUAUGUAUGUAAGCAAUGUGGGAAAACCUUUAGGUCUCCUAAACAAGUUCAGAUCCAUAAGCGAACUCACACUGGAGAAAAACCUUAUGUAUGUAAGGAAUGUGGGAAAGCCUUUACUUUUCUUGGUUCCCUUCAAUACCAUGAAUUGAUUCAUACUGGAGAGAAACCUUAUCUAUGUAAGCAAUGUGGAAAAGCAUUCAGGUCUUCUCGUCAGGUUCAAAUACAUGAACGAACUCAUAGUGGAGAGAAACCGUAUGUAUGUAAGCAAUGUGGGAAAGCCUUCUUUUCUUUGUAUCAUUUAAGAAGACAUGAAGUAAUUCAUAGUGGCCUGAACCCCUAUGUUUGUAAGCAAUGUGGGAAAGCGUUCAGUUGGUUCAGUACCUUUCACAGUCAUAAACAGACUCACACUGGAGAAAAACCCUAUGUAUGCAAGCAAUGUGGAAAAGCCUUCUGUAGUCGUAUAUCAUGGAGAAGACAUGAAAAAGCUCAUACUACAGUGAAGCCUUAUGCGUGUGUGCAAUGUGGAAAAGCCUUCCGCUCUCCUAGUUACCUCAAAAUACAUGAAAGAAUUCAUACUGGAGAAAAACCCUUUAUAUGUUCACAGUGUGGGAAGCCCUUCCGUUCUUUUCGUUAUGUCAAGUCACAUGAAAGAAGUCACACUGGAGAGAAACCUUUUGUAUGUACACAAUGUGGGAAAGCUUUCAGCUAUUACAGUUCUUUUCACAGGCAUAGAAGAAGUCACCAAACAGAAACCUUAAAUUCAGAAUUUGAAAAGGCUUCAUCAUUACCUUCAUAGCAUUCACAAGAAUGUAUAUGGAGAGAACUUCUAUUGAAGUUAAGAAACAAUAUAUUUGGGCCAAACUUAGUGGCACAUGCCCUUAAGCCCCACACUUGAGAGGCAGAGGAUGGGGGUCUCUGUGAAUUUGAGGCCAGCCUCGUCUAUAUAGUGACUUCUGGGCCAGCCAGGGCUACAUGGUGAGACUGUCUGAGAAAAAUAAGAGAAAAAAGAUGUUUGAAUAGGAAGCAAGUUUGACUAGAAGAAAUGUCCAGAUACCUUCCUUUCACAAACAUGUACAAAUGCAUAUGUUCAUUCCCAUAAAUGUUAGUAAUAUAAAGGACUCAGUAUAAUUUUUUUCUUUUGAGAAUGCUCCAGAAAAUACACAAUCUGACAGAAAAUUUGUAAAUAUAUGGAACUUUUUGAAAAUUUUCAGGAAUUUUUUUUUGUUUUCAACAGUCUUCUAUAUCUCAAGCUGGUCUUGAAGCAGUAAUCCUCCUGUUUCAACUUCUAGAAGGUUUGAAUGAAGGAUAUCUGCUUCCACAUCCAGCAUCAGUAACUCAUUCUUAAAAGUACAUCUCCUGGCCCAGCACUUGGGAGGCAGAGGCAGGCGGAUCUCUGAGUUUAAGGCCAGCCUUGUCUACAUAGCAAGUUCCAGGCCAGCUGGGGCUAUAGGAAAACCCUGUCUCAAAAAGACACAAAAACAAAAAGUACAUCUCUGGACUCCAUAUUUCAAAUUUUUACUCUAGAAAAUUACCUUUUAGCUCAAUAUGUGAGGUCGAAGAAUUACUUAAACCCAGGAGAUGGAGACCAGUAACUCCUAUAUCUGGAAAAAAAUUAAAAAGAAAAAGAAAGUGCAUUAUUGUGGCAUAAGUAAGGUUUGCUAAAGCAGUGCUGUAUACAAGUUUAAUGGGUGAUGUCUUUUUGUACCAAGUCAGAUAGCUGUUUUGUCUUUGAUUUUAAAUUCUGUAUACUCAUUGGUGAGUUGAUAGUUACUUAUAAUAUGCCAAUAGGCAUAAAAAGUGUCUUAUUUUAAAAGCAUUAUGAUUAAAGGGUCAUUGAAAAAUUACUUUUUGUGAAUAUUGAGAUUUUCCCUCUUGGUUCAUAUAGCAGGUUCUUACCAUUUUGGUAGACUCUGAUUCUCUUUGAUGUACAAGAAGUAUUUUUGUAUUGAUUUUGCAUUGUGCAUUUUUGGUGUAUGUUUAUUUUUCUCUCUGAUGUUUUCUUCUAACAUUUGCCUCCAUGUUCUUUUAGAAUUUAAACUAUUUUCAAGCCACUUGUAGAUUAACAAAUGUUAACUGUUUUGUCUACUCAGAGGGUAGGCAUAAGUGUCACUUUAUAAUCAUAGGUAGAUCACAUUUACAAGUUUUCCUAGCUUUUUUCAUGUCAUAAGCCAUUAUUAUUGUAUACAUCUAAUUAUGAUUUUUUUCUUAUGUAAAUUUUGCUUUUCACGCUUGCAUUGUUAUAUAUUUUAUUUUGAUUGUAAUUUCUCCUGCAGUCAUUAUACUAGAAGAUAUGCUGGUAUUAGUGGCCUCUUGCCAAAGACCAUGAGUACCAUAGGUGCAAUAAAUUGUACCGGGUCUGCCCAUACACAGUAAACAAGCGUGUGUCUCAUAAGUAAGAGCAUUCCAUGGACAUUUGAGCAGGAUUGGUCUUUAAUUUGCCAAGAUUUAUGGGGAUUGAACUAGAUGUAUCUGUGUUGGGUGUACUGAGAUAUGAAUAUAAUUCUGUAUUUGGUGAUCAUAGAAGUUACCUAGAAGACUGAAAAUAAUGCCGUGAAAAUUUUAAUUCAUGAGAAUCACUAGCCACAGAGUGGGUACUUCACUCAUUGUAAUGGUUCAGAAUGUUUUAUGCUUUGUCAGUUUUACAGACAACCUUAUAUGGUGCCCUUUUCUUUUGUCAUAGUCAUUAAGGUACAGUGCACAAUGGUAGAGGACAUAUGCCUUCAACAGUAGAAGGUUUGACCUUGGUCUGUGAGGUGAACAGCAGCACUCUGGAUCACUUUUUGCCUUCCAGAGUUACUAUGACAUCACUGAAGUAUUUCCUCCAAUAUAUUGGUUGCUGUUCCCCACAAAUACAGAUGUUCCUAAUUUCCCAUUUAGUUGUGUUCUAAUAAACACAUGGUAAAGAGGAGAUACAGUGAGAAAUGCACUUCAACCUAGUGAACAUUAAAACCUUAGAGUAGUUUACUGUCAGCAUGUUCAGGCCUCAUAUUAGCAUCAGUGGGGAAAGCCAUCUCUGCAUAUUAUUUCUUCCUUUAAAUCUGUCUCCACUUGUGUAUUAUUUAUGCAUAGAAAUGAGUUCAGGUAUGUGUAUUGAUGUACUUGAAUUAUAUCUCUUGUCCCUUUCCCUCUGCCCAUUGGUCCUCCUCCUCUGAAGUAGACUGCCUUAUAGUUUCAUGUUUCUCUCUUUUGUUAAAAUCUAUGAAAAAAAGUUUUUGGCUUUCUGAGACUGCUUUCCUUGACAAAAUGUGGUGAUCACCAGCUCCAUGCGUUUUCAUAUGCCAUGGUGUGUUUUGGAGGUCAGAAGACACGUUUCAAGAGUCAGUUCUUGCCUUUAUUGAGACGGGGGCUCUUUAUUUCUGCCAUGUUGCGCAGUCCAGGCAGCUCUGGGUUUAUUAUCUGAGUUCCAAGGAUCCAACUCAGGUCAACAGGUUUGCUCAGCAAAUGCUUUUACCUGUUAAGCCAUGUCCCAAGCCCUUUAAGUAAUAAAUUUUAUGGCGCCAA